AUGAGGCAAUGCAACAAAUGUGGCACUACAAUAGAAUUUACUCAUUCUUUUAUGACUGACGAAACAGGGGCGGAUUCUGUCUUGGCUUGUACCAUGGCCCGUUUCGGCCAGCUUCGAUCAGAGGUUUUUUUUUCCUUAUGCGGCUUUUCCUUUUCUUCAUCCUCUUCAUCCUCCCUCCCCCUUUUUAGCGGGCAUGUGCGUCGAAACUUAGCUCCUCGAGUUGCUGCUGUUAUUGCUGUUCCACCUCAACCUCCUGAUGCAGCUGUUCAGUUUGAUGUUGUUCCAGAUGAAGCUGCUGCUCUUUUUGAUGCUGCUGCUCCUGAUGCUGAAGUUGCUGCUCUCGCUUGUUGUUGUUGCAUCUGCUUUUAUGUGACCUAUUGUCGGAGAGUCGAGAGUAGAGCCGGAGGAGAGGUAGCAGUCUUUGCUCUUUCUUGGCGACCUCCUCCCUUUGGCCCUUGGUGGCCUUAUUCUCCUCAACUUCUUCUUUUGAUGCACUUGAUUGUGGCGCCGUGUUCCGUUCGGGACACAUUUUCACCAAGUGUCCGGAAAGGAGAUUUUUUUUCAGAUCCUUUUCAUUAUCUAUCUAUCUAUCUAUCUAUCUAUCUAUCUGUCUGGUGCGAUGGAUAA